AUGGCAAAAACAUUUGAUUGCAUUAAAGACGAAUUCUUAAUUGAAAUGGACUAUAUUAGCAAAAUUGGUUCAAAGCUAUUUGUUUAUCCUUUCGUGGGACGGUCAAAGUUUACUAUGUGUUGUUAUUAUGUGACUUUCUUUUUUCUUGUACUUACGUCGGUCCAAUUAUUCGUUACUCUAUGUUUAACCCGAUUUGAGAGCAGCUUCGAGGUGAUAAACAUAGCUCCCAACUUGGGCGUCUGCCUUGUGAUCAUAAUAAAAUAUUCAAAAAUUCAUACGAAAAGGAUUUCAUAUCAGAAAUUUUACAAUCAUUUUCGUUACGAGCUAUGGGAUGUUGUUUUGGAUUCGGUUGACCACAGGAAUGUUCUAGAAACAUAUGUGAAAACAGCACGUUUGAUAGCUCGAUUUUUUAUUUACUACGGUAUAACAUUGUCAUUGCUUGUUGCUUUAUUACCACGGAUCAUCAUGCUUUACGAGAACAGCGUGUUGCAAAAGAACCUGUAUUUGUAUCCAUUCGAUGGAUGGUACCCCUUUAACAAGAUCAAGUGGUACUAUAUCGCUUACGUUUGGGAGAGCGUAAUGACUACCGUCGUUAUAAUUAACUUCGUGUGCACGAAUACAAUCCAUAUUUCUUACACGAGACUCAUUUGCAUGGAACUAAAAGUUCUCGGCAUCAGCAUAGAGAAUCUAUUAAAAUCCAAGGUUCGAGAUUCGAUAACACAAAGUAAAAUUGAAGACUUCCACGAAAAUAUAAAAGUGAAUUUUAAAACUAUUUUAAAACGGCAUCAGCUCUUGGGAAAUGUAGUAUCAGAGUUAAACAUCAUAAUGGGAGAUGGAAUGCUUUUGACUUACAUCUCUGGAUCUGUUUUCAUUUGUCUCACAGCAUUUACUGCAACCGUCGUCAAUGACUUUUACAUGACUCUGCGUUAUUUUUCAUUUUUCUGCUCGUUGCUGGUCGAAACCUUCAUCCAAUGUAUUAUGGGACAGCUUCUGAUAGAUCACAGCGAAGAUUUUGAAAAUUCUAUCUAUUUUACCGAUUGGCCUAUUGCUGAUUUAAGCACAAAGAAAAUGCUUUUAAUAAUGUUAAUCAGGGCCCAGAAAUCAUACGUUUUCACCGCUAAUGGAUAUUUUAUUAUGAACUUUGACACUUUUGGUGGGAUUUGCAGUCUCUCCUACCAACUGUUUAAUCUUCUACGCACAACUUAUAACAAAGAACUUUAA